GCACCAGUUCAGCCUCCGCCCACAGGAGCUCCUGCUCCUGACGCCCCGCAGCGGCCCGCAGCGCCUCCAAGCGACCCUCUAGUGGACCGCAUGAACCUGCUCCUAGAGAGUGUCGUUCAUAUCGGACACGCAGCAGGCAACGCCCAUCAAGAACAGCUCAUCAACCGUCAAGCACUCGAGGCACUCGUCCAUCGCCUCGAGAACCUCUCAACCGGCACACCCGCGGCCUCAACCAACAGCUCGUCCGGACCUCCUCGCGGCAAUGUCCGUGUCCGCGACCCUCGGAUCUUCAAUGGCAAGGCUUCGGAGGUCGACGCGUUCCUUGAAGAGUGCCAUUAUUUUGUAUCAUGGUUAGGUGACGGCGCCCCGCGUUCUUGGCUGAAGGCCAUGAAGAACCGGGACCUGCUUUUCCUCGACGACUACAUGGCAUUGGUCUACGAGUUCCGUAAGCGCUUUGAGGACUCCGACAUUGAGAACAAGAUGAUUCACAAGAUUGAGGCGCUCAAGCAAGAGGCGUCUGCCGCUGUGUAUGCUAACCAGUUCGAAGAGUAUCUUAGGUACAUCGACUGGACCGAGGCCUACGCAAUCAAACGCUUCGAGCGUGGCCUCAAGCAAGAUGUCCGUAUGCAACUACUCGGCAAGCCGCGCCCCGCCACCCUCUCGGAGUGGAUCCCGCAAGUUAUCGAGCUCGACAACGAGCUGCACAACCUGCGGCUCGAGACG